AUGAUUUUCAAUUCUUUAACUAAUAUUUUAAAUAAAUCAUCAUCAUUAAAUAAUUAUAAUAAAAAUUCCAAAUCUCUUCAAAUUAAUUUUGAUAAUAAAUCAAAAAUUCAAAUAUAUAAUCCACUCGGUAAUCAAGGGGGUAUUGGCAAUUUGUUGGUCAUGUGA